AUGUCGUCACCUCCUACCGUUCUCUUAAUCGGGAACUUAGUCCAUACAAACGAAGAAUGGAAGUCCCUUAGCAGUAAAUAUACACUCCUUGAGUUUCGAAAGGGAACGCGAGAGCAAUUUCUCGAGAAUUGCCGAAAUGGAACUUACGCCGCAGUCAGCGGAUGCUAUCGGUCCAACGUUUCUACCGCAAUAACAGGGCCAUUCGAUCGUGAGCUCGUCGCAGCGCUACCACAGUCCUGGAAGUUCAUCGCGCACAACGGCGCGGGCUACGACAACAUCGACGUGGCGGCGUGCAGCGAUCGUAAGAUCGCCGUAUCAUCCACUCCCGUGGCUGUCGAUGAUGCUACCGCUGACGUCGGCAUAUUUCUCAUGUUGGGUGCUUUGCGAUAUGCGCACGAGCCGCUGAUCGCGUUGCGCCAGGGCCGCUGGAAGGGGAGGGUGCAGCUAGGCCACGACCCUCGCGGCAAAUCCCUUGGAAUUUUAGGGAUGGGCGGGAUUGGACGGGCGAUGGCAGACCGUGCGCGCAGUUUCGGGAUGAAUAUCAUUUAUCAUAACCGACGCCAACUGAAUCCGUCUUUGGAGAAAGGAGCGAAAUACGUGUCAUUUGACGAGUUACUAGCUCAGUCAGACGUACUAUCCCUUAACCUAGCUCUGAACGAAAGCACCCGACACAUAAUUUCCGCGCCGGAAUUGGCCAAGACAAAAAUGGGUGUCGUAAUUGUAAACACGGCGCGUGGAGCGCUGAUCAACGAGGCGGACCUGGUGGCUGCGCUAGAGUCGGAACACGUCUCGGCAGUAGGUCUCGACGUAUUUGAGAACGAACCGGAAAUCCAUCCCGGAUUGGUGAAGAACGACCGAGCGUUUUUACUCCCUCAUCUCGGGACAACUACCGUCGAGACUCAGCGAGAGAUGGAACUUCUCGUGUUGAGGAAUUUGCAAGCGGUUAUUGACGAAGGAAAGAUACUGACUUUGGUAGGGGAGCAAAAGGGGUUGGAUUGGGUGCCUAAGGAGGCAGAUUUAUGA